AUGUCCCACCCGGCUAGUCAACAAUCAGGACCAAAAAGGCAUGUCCUCCACCGCCAGCCAAGGGUGCCGUCGCUCAACAGGAAGCGGGAAUCCGCCGAGGAAACUACGCGGGCCAUCGAGAUUACGGGUGCAGCGGCCGAGCUUCGCCAUUCCGGCCCUCAAAGCGUUGAAGCCGCCUCGUCUCACGUGGCCAGAUACUCGACGUCUUUACACGCUCCACAUGACCGUUGUAGUCAUACAAUACCAUCAGCCUUUGCCGCCCACAGCUUCGAAUGGGAAACCGAGACGCUGUUCGAGCCGGGCACCUGCACCCCGCCUCUCGACUCGGUAUCGUACCCUUGUCCAUUUCGGAAGCGAAACCCUGCCAGAUUCAACUUCCGCGACCAUGAGGACUGCGCCAGAGGGCCAUUCAGCUCUGUUCUGGAGUUGAUCCAUCACAUCCGGAACCAGCACCGACGGCAGCCCAUCCGUCACCAAUGUCGUCGUUGCAAGCAUGGGUUCGGCUCCGAAAUGGAGCUAGAACAACACUCACUGUUGCCGAGAGAGCAAAUGUGCGAAGUGAUUUCGUUGUCUCUUGACGACCCCGAAGAUGGUAUCACGGACGAGAUGGCGAGGACGCUGGUGACAGCAGAAUAUGCACCUGAAGGAGUGUGGUCCUGGGAGAAGAUAUGGCAUUGGGUCUUUCCGAAUGACUCAGACGUGCCAGACCCAGAUUUCCCACCGUACGUCGAGCUUGUCGACGUAGAGCAGGCAUUUGACGAGGGGCAGCAGACACUGAAGGCCAGCUUGCGAGAGAAGCUUAAACUGCUGCUUCCAGAACCCAUUGGCGACGACUACCUCAGCUUCCUGACCGGACAACUCGAGCUCGUCUUCGAAAUCCACCGAGUCAACGUCCUUAAACCAUUCAUGGGUCGUUCUUGGGCGAUACCAAGCCGAGAGACACCGAGAGCAAGUCAAGCAGUCCAGCAGCAAAAAACCACCAGGAAGCCAAACAGACGGUCACGACGCAGCACCAUGCUCCAGGCCCUGUACCGCAACCCUAACACAUCAGAGACGGCCGAAGUGCCGCCAUCCCUCAGACACUCCCGCACCGGCAGCACUAAGCGAACCAGCCUCUUAUCCAACGACCAAUCUGCUCACCGCAUCACAAAACCACACACCCAAUUCCCAGCGGCCCCUGCUUCCCCUUCAAAGUGCCUGGCAUCCGACGACCCUGCUCCUCCUCCACACGACCCAGCCUACACUAGCAAACUCGACCCCAACCCGCGCGACUCGCGAGACUCGGGCAUCGGCAUGCCCUGCGAAGCAUGUGAUGAGCCAGACGCCUGCAGAUGCCACGGCGCCCUCGCCUCCGAAUUGCCCCUCGCCAAGCUGGGGGAUCAUGAUGACAGCCCAAAGCGACAUCAUCAUCAACAUGAACAUGGACAUGGUGUUGUCCACAUACAAGAGUACCUGAAUCGACAACACCAAGCAACCGAACCACCCGAAUGCAGAAUCGGGUCAGCAGCGGACACUCCAUGUACUACCAAGAGUCCAUGCACUACGACAACAGGUACUCUCGGACUCGAGAAGGAGCGCGUGUACUGCAUUCACCGGCCCAGACUGAGCCUCGACACAAACAGCGUACCGCCAACACACAUACCCGACCUGCCGCGGGCAAACGGGGUCUUGGCAGAGGCCAGUGUUACAUCCAUGUCUGCUGGGGGAAGGUUCUCGCCUGAGUCGUUUAAGCAGAGGGUUCUGAGGGGGCGCUUGAUGAGUGGUUAA